AUGUGGGCACAAGGCGUGCUCGGGUCAUUGCCCGCUCUAUUCCUUCUCUCAGCAACGACGGCGACGGCCGUAUCUCUUGACUGCAAGAACGUCGUGGUCAAGGGCCAACACUUUGAUCUCUCGGAGCUGGCCGGUCCUCGCGCUGUGCACCUUAUCGAAGAAAACCCUCCCAGUCUUUCCAACACCACCUUCACUGUCGAUAUCUGCAAUCCGCUCAAGAGAACCAAGAACGUCCCGAAGGACAAUGAAUGCCAAACUGGCACAUAUGUUUGCGGUAUCGAGUACGACUAUAACCUCGCCGACAACUCCAGCACCAUCAGGCGAGUCAUGCCCAUUGCUGGCCAGUAUGCCGGAUCUCAUGGUAGAUUUCUGGACCCGGAGUGGACUCGCCUGAAGAACUCUCCUUCACACGACGAUGCCAACAAGGAGGGGUUGAGAGUGGAACUGCAUGGAGGAAGGUAUCCCUUCGAGAAGUCCGACGGUCGUCAGCAAAAGGCCAUCAUCGAGUUCCAGUGCGAUCGCAACAGGACCGGUCUGGAGGGUUCUGAGCAUGACACGCGCGACAAGCUUGACGAGGAACAAGAAGCGGAAGGAAUAGUGAUUCGCGCCGAGUCGGAGGGCGAGGGUGAUGCCGAAUUCGAUGUCUUGCGUCUGCAAUGGAAGACAAAGUACGCGUGCGAGGGUAUGACUGAACACAAGCCCACCUCUGGCAACAACUCUAGCAAACACUGGGGCCUUUUCACUUGGUUCCUUAUCAUCAGUAAGUAUGGCUCGCAAGGCUUCGACUCAGUACCACACGCGGAUUUCUGGCGUGAUCUGCCGUACACUGUCAAAGACUGGGGCCGCUCGAUUGUUGGUAUGGUCCAAGGACGCACCAGCCGUGGAGGCUACAGUGCAGUCUAA